UGCCCCAGGAAUUUAAAAAAUCCCCUUCCUCUUUUCUCAGCCAGGUGUGGAGUGCAAUCAGUGAAUCUUUCCAGGUGACCAUGCCUCCACGCGCCAAACGAGCCCCAGCAUGGAGCAAUGGCGAGUUGCUGGAGCUCAUCAGUGUUUAGGGGGAGGAAGCUGUGCAGUCCCAGCUGCGCUCCAGCCGUAGGAAUUACGAUACCUAUGGGUAGAUAUCAAGGGCCAUGCUGGAAAGGGGCCACGACCGGGACGCCCUGCAGUGCAGGGUUAAAGUGAAGGCGCUGCAGAGUGCCUAUUGCAAAGCCUGUGAGGGAAACUUCCGCUCUGGUGCUGCCCCCAUGGUCUGCUAUUUUUACAAAGAGCUGGACGCGAUACUUGGGGGUGACCCCACCACCACUCCGACGACUACGAUGGACACUUCAGAGUGGGGGGAGGAGGAGGAGGAGGAAAUAGAGAGUGAGGGUACUGGCGUGGGGGGAGACACCCUGGAGUCCCUGGAGGCAUGCAGCCAGGAGCUCUUCUCAAGCCAGAAGGAAGGUAGCCAGUCGCAGCAGCCGGUACUUGGUGGAGGACAAACAGAGGAGGGGGUUCCUGAAGCAACCUUGAGAUCUCGGCUGCCCAUGUUAUCAACAGCUCAAAGACUACAAAACCUCCGGAAGAAGCCGCGAAAAAGCAAAGAAGACCUGCUCCAAGCAGUUAUGGAGCGCUCUGUCAUAGAAAAUAAAAAAGUGCAGGACUGGAGGGAAAGAGAAAGCAGGAUCCGCCAGAAAAACGCAGCAGCCAGGAAGAAAAGCACAAAGCAGCUGAUAAGCAUCCUGGUGCGCCAAGCGGACUCUAUCCAGGCACUCGUAGUCAUGCAGGCAGAGCACUACGGCUCCCGCGCUCCCCCAUCCCAAAGCUCUUUCCCUUGUGCCCCAAUGUCAGCUCAAAACCCCCUUCCCCAGCAUCCAGGUUCUUACCACCACCAGCUGCCUGCAACACCUGUACGUUCACCAACCAGCCUUGAGAACUACGACCCUUACCCUCUGCACUCAACCCCCAUCACCAUGCAGUAUAGCCAUCCUGAAGUGCAGCAGUCAUUGCACAGCACUCCAGACAGGACAUAUUCAAACCUGUGACUGUACAGUUCCCCACCCCACCCCCCUGUC